CCGCCGCACCGCGACGCGCCUUUGAACUCGUCGCGACACUGCCGUGAGAGGUUCGAUGCGCUUACGCUUGUUAUCGCUCCGCGAGAUGAGAGGGUGAUGCUGAUGCUGAUGGAGGGAUGCGGAUGCGGCGGUCCGGGAGGCUGCUCGCAUCCUUGUGCAUGAGCGGUAACGCGCAUUAUGUAAUGGCCACAGCGACGAAAAGCGCACGGAUGGAUCCAUCUCUGGUGUUAUUGGUGUAGUCAGUGUGUGUGUGCGCGGCUCGGUUCAGGUACACUUCAUGCCCGCGAGUGCUGCCGUGGAGGGUGGCGGAGUGAAGCCCUCGAGGCUCCUGGCAUGGGCAGUGUAGGAAGCGGGGCCUCCAGUCAACGCCCCAUCACCAUGCGCAGCGUGGGCACCCGUACCACCCCUAACGGCCCUCUGACGGCCCCGCCUCCUCCCAACUCAGCCCGUCGCCGACUGGACGACCGCAGUUUCAGCGCCGACCGCAUCCCUGGACCCAGCACCAAGGCCAAGGGCGUCUCCGCCAAUGAGCGUAGCUACAACGCAGAGAGGGAUUACCACGGCAACGCUCGCGGUCACUCGGAUGCAGAACGCCCUGUGGCUCUCAACGCGAACCGACAACAAACAGUCAACGGAGAGAGGCUGGUGUCCAACUCUGCGUUCUUCAACGGCGGGGCGCGGAGAGAGGGCCACAGGAGAGGAGAGAGUCUGGACCUUUGUGGUAACAACAUCGUGCUCACCGCCAACGAGAAAAAUGUCAGCCAUCAGCCUCCAGCACAGCACAAAGACAAGAGCAAAGCCAAACCUUAUCAUCAAAACCCACCAAACAUUCUGCCCGUCUCCGGAAAACUGGAGCAUGCACAGACGAAUGAUUCUCUGGUGCGCCCGUCAGCCUUCAAACCCGUGGUGCCCAAGAACUUUCACUCCAUGCAGAAUCUGGUGUGUCCCCUUCAGACCAGCUCGGGCACAAGCGGGGGUCCGGGCAGCAGCGGGAGCGGAGGGAGCGGAGGAGAGAAGAGCGUGCAAAACCCGUCCGGAGGGCAGUGGGAUCAGGACAGUCCCAGCAGUCGGGGAACGCAUGCGGGAGCGGGCAGAGCCGGUCAGGGCAGUCUGUCAGAUUCUGGGAGGAACUCUCUCACCAGUCUGCCCACAUACACAGGGUCGGGGUACGGCCCGCCUCCCGCGCUCGGACCCCUUAGUGCCUCCACCAGCCACAUCAACAGGCUGGGCACCAUCGCCCUGGACAAACUGGAUAAGCCUGGAUACCAGAAUGGCAUCAGCGCCUCUGAUAGCGGCCGUUCUUCUUCUGGCAAGAGUUCAUCGUCCUAUCAGCGUCUGAGUCACUUGAGCGACGCUCCCGGACCCCUGCGACCCUCGCCGUCCUCAGAUGAUCUCAUUCAGGACCUGGAGGACCGGCUAUGGGAGAGAGAACAAGAGGUGAUCCACAUGCGACGCAAUCUGGACCAGAGCGAAGCGGCAAUCGUGCAGGUGUUCGAGGAGAAGCAGCACGUGUGGGAGCGUGAGAUGGAGGAGUUGAGGCAGAACUACGCCGGGCGACUGCAGCAGGUGACCCGACGGGCUCAGCGCACGCAGCAGGCCCUGCAGGCGCAGAUCAGCCGUCUGCAGCAGGACAAACGCAGACUGCAGGAGGAAAUGACGCUGCUGCUCGCUCAGAGAGAAGAGCUGGAGAAGAAGUGCUUGGAUUUCAGGAAGGAGCAGGCCGACAUUCUGCCCAGACUCGAGGAAACCAAGUGGGAGGUGUGUCAGAAGGCGGGUGAGAUCUCUCUGCUGAAGCAGCAGUUGAGAGAGAGUCAGGGUGAGGUGACCCAGCGGGCGGGUGAGAUGGUGGCCCUCAGAGGACAGCUGAAAGAUCUCAAUGCUCAACUGAGACAGAGAGAAGAAGCCGAGAUCAGCCUGAAAGAGUCUUUCUGCACCAAAACCCUGGAGCUGGAGCGCUGCGAGGCAGAACUACAGACCAUGCUGGCUGAGGUGACGGUUCUGAGGGACAAACUGAGUGUGUUUGAGUCGGAGGUCACGCGUCUGAAAAAAGCUCUGGGUGAGCUCAGCAGCGGUGGUCGGGCCGCUGAUCCCAGCCUGGGUGAAAUGGGCCAAAUGGUCACCUCCCGUAGCCGAGAGCGUCUUCUCUCCCCCCUGAGCCCUCCUGAAACCCCUGCGUCGCUCCCCGCCCUGCCGGCUCCAGACCCGCUUCUCACCAUGCAGAGUGACGACUCCAAAGUCCAGCGGCAGGAGUCGGGCGACCUGCGGCGGCAGCUGGAUCGUCUGCAGAGUGAUCUGCGCGUGGAGCGACAGCAGCGGGAGCGUCAGGCUCUCACCUUCUCCCAGGAGCGGCAAACCUGGCAGGACGAAAAGGAGCGCGUGCUCAAAUACCAGGCGCAGCUGCAGCUUAGUUACGUGGAGAUGCUGCAGAAGAAUCAAGCUCUGGAGGAGCGCGUGGAGAAGCUGACUGCUCCACCCCUGGCUUCGUCCCCCUCGCCGCCCCCCACCGUCUCUGAGGACGACCCCACGGCCGUUUCCGUGUCAAUAUCGCUCACCUCUCCGACUCCUCCAGUGGAAGACAAGGCGCUGCCGGAGCUGCACCAGUUGGCGCCGCCGUGGCCGGUUACGACUCGGCUGGAAAGGAUCGAGUCGACGGAGAUCUGAACGCGAUGCAGGAAAACCCUUAAAGCCCCGAUUACAAUAGCAUUCAGUACAAUCCAAACAAACUAAACAAACGGUGACCGCUCAGCUUCCGAGGUCUGUCCAAGGAUGCCCUGCUGGUGUGGGGCAGGCGGUUGGGUUGAGAGCCGGUUUGUUGGUUAUGCGCAGGUGUGGCCUUAUCAGCUGGGUGGUUGGAUUAGGGUGGAGGAGCUGGCCCUGGGUCAGGUGGCAAGGGGAAACACACCACUGGAUUUAACACUCAGGGGUUUAUGGGAUGUAGAUGAAGAACAGACCUGAGGUCAGACUGUUUAGAGUGCGAUAGGGGUUUGUCACUUUUAAAGGUGAAGUGUGUCGUUUUCUCAAGGCUCAAAUGUAGAAUUAAAAAAGUGCUGACUGUUUUGAAGCCUCCAUCUGCCAUUGGUUGGACUGUAAUGUUUACAUAUUUGGACGGUAACAUGUGUCACACUGCUGUGGAAGAUGACAGACUUCACCUUUAAAAACAACAUAGGGAAAGCUUGUUAAAGGAAGAACUGUUUAUUAUCAGUGACAAUAGCAUUAUUUUCUAGUUAGAACUGUAUUGGGCAGACAUCACACAACAGUGGAGAGAUGCAAGGAGAAGUUCUCUGACACAACACACCAUCAGUUUUAAAUGCGAGGACCAAACUCUUGAGAGUCUGGCUGCUCGUGAUGUUUUCUGUUGUACUGUUAGGACAGAACUAACUUUACGCAAGCAUGAAUGGACAGUUUACCCAAAAAUGAGAAAACUUCAUCAUUUAGUCACGCCCAUGUCAUGUCAAACCAGGAUGACGUUCUUUCUUCUGCAGAACACACACAAAAAGUAUAUUUUCAAGGAAUGUUGGUAAGCAAACAACAUUGAACUCCAUUGACUUCCAUUGUAUGAACGCAAAACCACUGAAACGUUCCUCAAAAUAUCUUCUUUUGUGUAUUACUGAGGAAAGACUCACGUACAGGUUCACAACCACACAGGAGAAUAAAUGAUGACAGAAUUUUAUUUUUGGGUGAACUGUCCUUUUAUUGUGUGUUCUUGGGUUAAGAAAAGUUGUUAUCUGUGAAGCUUUUUAAAAGUUGACUCUCUUCAGACUGUUGCUCUGCCAUGCCAGUUGUUGAGCUGAAAGUGAAAACUAGCAAUAGAUGUAGGUUUGCCCAAAUAUACGCAAUAGCUGAGAAUAGACGGUUUCAAAGUGACGACAUAAACAAACGUUACAUUGCAUGCGCGCGUUCGUGGGCUGCAGUUAACUUCCAGAACACAUUCACAAAGAAAAGAGCACCUGUAGAUUAUUUCUGGUAACAAGCAACUGAAACCGAGAAGAACAGUUACUUGGCUAAACUUGUCUCUCCAACAUUUUCAAUUUAGACUGCGAUACCAAGCUCCACCGCUACCAUAUGGUUUCUUUAAAUGCGUCGAAACACUACAGGACUCAUUCAACGAAUUGUUUAUUUAAUAAAAUGAACAUACAACAAAAUUAAAGAGUACAUAACAUGAUGAAAUUAAAAUUUCAUGCCGUGUGUAAUGUUGCCGUGUUUGAAAGUAAGCAGUCUGCCAAGUUGUGAAUCUGAAGGUGAAUAAAUAACAAAGUUAUGGCUUGGAAAAAGGGAGUCGACUCUGAAUCAUGCAAAUGAGUCGAACCGCAGGGGAUUUACGUCACAACAUAUAGUCCCAGCCUACGUUUUGCUCUCUUAUCUCCCCCAAACAAAACACGGUAGACCAAUCACAGCCGACUAGACCGUCUGGUCACAUCAUAUUAGCGGAAAGGAAUCACGAAGCAAAGCGAGUCAUUUAGAUCAUUUGAGUCAGUCAAGAAGUAAAGUAGAAAUAACUGUGUAUUAUUCAGAAAUAAUCGUGUUUUUACACCUUCUUUGUACAUAAACUUGUUGUUGGACACUCCUUAAACCAAAGUCCUAGUUAUGUACUCUUUAAAUACAAUUAUUAUACAAUAAAACAAUGAUAUACAUUAACAUUACCAUACAUUUAAUAUUUAUAUUAUCAGACAGUAGCCAAAACACCACACCGAAAGUAUAAAUAACUACAAGAAGAAACAUAAACCGGAAGUUAACUGGGGGUCAGGUGCGCGCGCCCGAUGGAACGGUCAACGGAAUCGUCACGCGUUCGAUUCCCAGGGAGCACAAAUCAAAUGUAUAGUUUGAAUGCACUGCAAGUCAUUUUGGAAAAUGCAAAGCGUUGCAUUGACGUGCUUACGUACAGCGUGUUUGAUGCCCUCAGGCCUAGUGCGGUACAGAAGCGCUCAACCCUCCUGCUCUUCCACCCGAAGCAGUGGUGGAGGACACCUAUUUAUUUCUAAUCAGAAUGCACCUGAAUGUUGUUUUUGCCCUUUUAUAUGUUUUGAGCAAUGUAGAGUAAAACAGACAAGAGAUCUAUUAAAUACGUUAGUGUACUUUCAAAGAAGGACGGGGUUGGUGUGAACAGGUUUAUGAAGCCGCCGGAACGACUCGACCGAGACGGAUGGCGGCUGAGCCGAAACUCGCGCGACAUCGACGAGCGAUUACCUUCGCACAUGACUUUACAUUCUUCCAAAAAGAGCAUAUACAACGUGUCCGUGCAUACUUGCCGGAAGUAUCCUUUAGAAUAUUUGACUUUGAAAAAGAUGUAAUAUGCAGUAGAUUGAAGUGAUGCGUGUUUCAGAGCAAGUGCACAGUGCGCACAAAUGAUGUGGAGAUUUUUGAACGGGUAAGAAGUCCAUCGUGUGGUCGUUUGAGGAUGAUGUUGGGAUGUUCUCAAUAGCACAUUACUAUACUAUUUCUGCUGAGCGCAAUGCAUUGUGGGACACAGUACUGCACGCUGAAGAGAGAUGGUGUGAGUAGUGCGCUAUUCCGAACACAGACGGAGAUUUUGAUCAAUGUACUUGUACGAGGUGGGAGCGCUUUACAAAACACCUGUUGUCACAAAGUCUUUAAAAGUCUCUUAGAAAAAUCUCAUUGGACCGAACGGUGACUUUAGCGCGCUUGUUAUUAUGCACAAACUCUUCAAGGAUCAAUAUUUUGAGACAUUUGGUCACAGCACUUGCAAGCCAGUUGCACUCUUACGAAGUGCGUCUGUGCUGGAAUGAAAACAAGCACAAAGUGUUUUCCAGCGCAUAUGAUUCAGCUGUACGCAAAGCGCAGUGCGUUGAUUUAUUUCCCAUAAAGUUCUAGAAAGAUGUGAAUCGAGACGUGUGGAAGAGUCACGGUGCUCGUGCCUCCUCUGUCUCGCUAGAAUGAUGCCAUUUCAUUGAUAAUCAAUCCAGAUUCAUGCCACUUUAUGACACUAGGUGUUAAGAGAGAAGCUUUAGAUGGACGCCACACCUCUGCUGUCUUCGGCCGCAUUUGCUGCUAUGUGCUUCUGUUGUGUCCUGCUGUGUUCUUGGUAGAGACAAAGGAAGUCGACUGCAUGUAAAUAUCACCGUUCCUUAUGUGUACAGAACUUAUUCUAUCUAUACCGAGCUAAUGCGUGUGAAUACUUUUGUGAAGUAACGAGACUGACAUGUCAGCUUUUAUUUUUCAAACUAUUAUUAUAGGAAUAUAAUAUACAUAUAUGAACCUUAAAACCUUCGACCGGCUAUAUUACCGUAAAGUCAUACAUUCAAGAGUCACGUGUCUUUACGUUCUUUUGAUCAGUUCUUGAAAUGUUCGGGUGAGCGGAAGGCCGCCGAGGUUUUGUAAGUGUUCUUUUGUUUUCCUUUUUUUCCAGAAUUUGCUUGGGAAAAGCAUAUCUUAGCAAAUAUUAAUUUAAAUAAUAAAGAUGUGAAUAAAAACAGA